AUCAGUCUCGCGCUCACCGCCCGGCUGAGGAGGUGAAAGUUUCUCCCCAGGAAGAUAAACCGCAAAAGACAAUAUUGUGCAUGAUUUGCGCCUUUUCUUUGCUUUUUCUCCCCCCCCCCUUUUUUUUUCAAAAAGCAGAGAGGGGGAAAAAGGGAGAGUUGAAGGAUCGAGGAGGAGAGCCAGAGAGAGAGAGAGAGAGAGAGAGAGAGAGAGAGAGAGAGAGAGAGAGAGAGAGAGAGAGAGAGACUGAGACUAGUGGAGAAGUGAGGAGGGGCGCGCUGCGCGAGGAGACAGGGCGAGCAGUGGCAGCUCUGGCGAUCACAUUCCUCUAUGCCACAAAUCCGGGAAGAAGUUUUAUUGGGGGGCUGAGAUGUUCUAUGCCUUUCCCCGGGCAGCCUUGACUCGAGGCCCUCUCGGCAGAGACUGAGCGGCGAGAAAGUGAGAGCCCGGCCCGCGCGGUUCGAGCGGCUGGCGCCGGAGCCCGCCUUCUACCGGCCGGCAGUCGUCUCGCUUGCCUGCCUUUGGCCGGGCGGGUGCGGGCUAGCGCCUGGCCGCUGCCUGCUGGCUGAGACUUCGUUAGGUGGGUCGACUCCCCCUCCCUCCUCCUCUUCUUCCUCCUCUUCCUCCGCCUCCUGUUCCUCCUCCUCCUCCUGAUCUUCCCUCCUUGGCGGGCGAGGGUGGGGGGGUCGGGGGAGGCCGGGGCUUGCCCCGUGCAGCCACGAUGCUCCUGGACGCCGGACCCCAGUAUCCCGCGAUCGGUGUGACCACCUUUGGUGCAUCCCGGCACCACUCGGCGGGCGACGUGGCCGACAGAGACGUGGGCCUGGGUAUCAACCCGUUCGCCGACGGCAUGGGCGCCUUCAAGCUCAACCCCAGUUCGCACGAACUGGCCUCGGCCGGCCAGACAGCCUUCACGUCGCAGGCUCCCGGCUACGCCGCUGCUGCGGCCCUGGGCCACCAUCACCACCCCGGCCACGUCGGCUCCUACUCCAGCGCUGCUUUCAAUUCUACCCGGGACUUUUUGUUCCGCAACCGGGGCUUUGGCGACGCGGCGGCGGCAGCUAGCGCCCAGCACAGUCUCUUCGCUGCUUCGGCCGGCGGCUUCGGGGGCCCACACGGCCAUACGGACGCCGCGGGCCACCUCCUUUUUUCUGGGCUUCACGAGCAGGCGGCUGGCCACGCUUCGCCCAACGUGGUUAACGGGCAGAUGCGGCUAGGUUUCUCCGGGGACAUGUACCCACGGCCGGAGCAAUACGGCCAGGUGACCAGCCCACGAUCCGAGCACUAUGCCGCACCGCAGCUUCACGGCUACGGGCCCAUGAACGUGAACAUGGCUGCACAUCACGGCGCUGGAGCCUUCUUCCGCUAUAUGCGCCAACCCAUCAAGCAAGAGCUUAUCUGUAAAUGGAUCGAGCCCGAGCAGCUGGCCAACCCCAAAAAGUCGUGCAACAAAACUUUCAGCACCAUGCACGAGCUGGUCACGCACGUCACGGUGGAGCACGUCGGCGGCCCAGAGCAGAGUAAUCACAUCUGCUUUUGGGAGGAGUGUCCACGCGAGGGCAAGCCCUUCAAAGCCAAAUACAAACUGGUCAACCACAUCCGAGUGCACACGGGCGAAAAGCCUUUUCCCUGCCCGUUUCCUGGCUGCGGCAAGGUUUUCGCGCGUUCAGAGAACCUCAAGAUCCACAAAAGGACGCACACAGGGGAGAAGCCCUUCAAGUGCGAGUUCGAGGGCUGCGACCGGCGCUUCGCCAACAGCAGCGACCGCAAGAAGCACAUGCACGUGCACACUAGCGACAAGCCCUACCUUUGCAAGAUGUGCGAUAAGUCCUACACGCACCCCAGCUCUCUGCGCAAACACAUGAAGGUCCACGAGUCCUCUUCUCAGGGCUCACAGCCUUCGCCCGCCGCCAGCUCCGGGUAUGAGUCCUCCACGCCACCCACCAUCGUGUCUCCCACCACAGACAACCCGACCACCAGCUCCAUGUCGCCCUCUUCCUCCGCGGUCCACCACACAGCCGGCCACAGCGCGCUCUCUUCCAAUUUUAACGAAUGGUACGUUUAAAAUCAGAAACAAAACAUGACGACCCUAUUUAAGAGACUGAACACACACGCAUAUACACAGUAUUAUUGAAAGAAUCCUGAAACUCGAGACACCCCUCGUCCCGAUCCCGCAAACGUUUGUUUUGUUUGUUUGAUUUUGUUUAUAAAUCUGUCGAUAAAUCCAGGACUGAGUAAAACAGAGGAAGCAGCAAGCCUUUAGGGUUUUUAUUUUCCCCCAAAUUUCUUUCUUUUCUUUUUCCUCCCCCCUUUGAAAAGGUUUGGUAACUGAAGGGCGGGAGGGGGUGUAAGAGAAGGCGGUUGCCUGACCGAACACCGCCAAAGGCCCUGAGGGCCAAUUUCUUGUUGGAUCAGAACAAGCUCUCUGGGGCUUCAGCUUUUCUUUAUCUUCUUGUUUUGUUUUCUUGUAAAUACAGAAUUAUUAGCUUAAAUCUGUUCUGGGAUUCUGUAUAUAGCUACACUUCGGUUGGAGUGGGUGGGUGGGAUCGUGGCGUGGUGGUCUUUGCCUUGGGGAGGGGAGGGCCAGCGGGAGGGGGGAGGGGGAUGGGAUGGGCGGCCGAAAGCCAACUGUUUGUACUGAAUGGCGAGAAUGUUCUAGUAAAUGUGUACCAAAAUGUGAACUACUUUGUACGAUUACAGUCUCCACGUCGACCUAACAGAAUAUUAUUGAUAUUAAUGUGCUUUUUUUGUAUAAAGUGCAAACAUUUCGUCCCAAAGUCUGAGUACUUUAGUGCAGUAAAAUGUUGUUUCAUGUCCUGUCAAGAUUUCGUAUAGUACGAGCCUGGAUCUACGUGUCAAACUGUUCCAUUUGUUUAUGUAAAGUGAUAUUAAAAAGAUAUAAACUAUAGCUGUCCAUUGCUUUUGGCAAAAUAUACAACCACACAAUGUAUAUAAUUCCUAGUUUCCAUAUUUAUCCGCAUGUAAAGGGUCUGGUUUAUCCAUGUUACAGCUAUUCAAUAUUUAUGGCUAG